AUGUUCUUCUCCGCCAGGCUUGCACAGAGAUACGCCGGAAAGAGUGGCUUCGGCUUCGGUGGCAACAACAGACCUUUCAUCCCAAUCGGUAAAUCCGCUGUAUUCGCCUUGUCCUUGUCUGGCUUCUCUGUCGUUGCUGCUUCUCAGAUCACCAACUGGCAGACUGAUCACCUAGAAAAGCAGAGCAGUAAUUGGUUAGGUAUCACUUCUGGCCGCUUGAAGACUAUCAAGGAGAUGAAUCUGGCUAGUAAGCUCCAGGCAGGUCUGGAUAAAAUACACUCAAUGCCUGAAACCGUACAGCGUGUUUACAUUCUGGCAAGCGAGAACUUACUCGCAAUGACUGAUGGUCAGCGAAGUGUUGCUGCUAUAAUCGCUCUCAACACGGUAGUCUUUGCUGGAUGGCAGAUUCCCCAUCCAGCUGUACAAAGAUAUAUGGCGCGCCAUUUCCUCCACUCGUACAACUCACCUCUUCAUACCAUGCUUACGAGUGUAUUUAGCCACAGAAGCAUAGCUCAUUUGGGCUUCAACAUGCUCGCUCUUUACUCGUUUGGUCCCCUCAGCUUCAAGUUCCUCGAACGACAGCAGCACGCGGAUACAGUCGAAGGGACGGCAGUGUUUAAGUGGCUCUCACUGUAUCUCUCGGCGGGAUGCAUGUCGAAUCUCGCAUCUAUCAGUGCUACCAAGUAUCUGCAGCGCUCUCUAAUGCCGUCUUUAGGUGCCUCAGGUGCAGUUUACUCGACACUAGUGAUGAGUGCGUACAGCAACCCAGACAUCAAAGUCAAUUUAAUCUUCCUGCCAUUCUUCGGUUUUCCUAUCUCCACCGGUGUAAUGGCUAUGGUAGGUUUCGACGUCGCUGGCCUGCUCGCUGGAUGGAAGCUGCUCGAUCACGCCGCUCACCUCGGUGGUGCUGCUUUCGGUGCUUUUGGAUGCUAUUAUUUCAACGACAUCUUUAAUAGGACUAGAAAUAUUGUAAAGUUGGAUAUACAAACUGCGUAA